AUGAGGAAGAUGAAAGGGCACUCCGGACUUGCUGAUGCGACUUCGAUUUCUGCCCUUGUGUCGACGAGUACAGGGUCCAACGACGACGUUCGAUUCCAAUGGGGUAUCCCCGAGGCUGUUGCCAGCUCUGGUUCGGGCAAUGUCUAUUUCCAGCUCGAAGCCCCAGUCUCAUACGAAUGGGUCGCCCUAGGUACUGGUAGCCAGAUGAGAGGGUCGCAAAUGUUUGUCAUGUACACCGACGGUGACGGCAACGUUACCCUUAGUACCCGCGAGGGUACAGGCCAUGUUCUGCCCGAGUAUACCCAGCAACGCGACACGGAGCUCCUGGCCGGCUCGGGCGUUGCUGACGGCAAGAUGGUAGCAAACGUUCGCUGCGGCGACUGCCAGAACCUGGACCUCGCCGGCACCAACAGCUGGAUUGCCGCCUGGAAAUCAGGCAAUGCCAUCGACUCUGCAAACACCAGCUAUGCCAUCACCCAGCACGACGGGACCACGCGGAUGCGGGUGAGGUUUGCCGGCGCUGGCAUCUCGUCGGACGAGAACCCCUUCCUCAGCGACGUCACCAGCAGCGACAACUCUGGUGACAAUGUCGACACCCAGGGGGGAAGUGGCAGUAACACCGACGCCAUCAUCCUCGCACACGGCAUUAUCGCGCUCGUUGUUUUCGCAUUCUUGUAUCCCAUUGGCUCAAUUCUCAUGCGUCUUGUCGGCAAGUGGUACAUACAUUCGAUGACACAGAAUGUCGGGUGGCUAGUCAUGUGGGCUGUCUUUGGCUUGGGAUAUGUGGCCGCCAGUAGGCAGGCACAGCCCGUCCUGGGCUGGCUUCACCAUCGCCACUUUGUCGCCCACCAAAAACGUGGAAUCAUUAGCCAUCUUCACAUAUGGUACGGCCGCAUCUUGAUGGCAUUAGGGGUCGUCAACGGCGGGCUUGGUAUCAAGUUGGCGGGCUCGGGAACCGGCUUCAAGAUUGCCUAUAGCGUUGUGGCAGCUGUCAUGUUCGCCGCCUACAUCGCUUUCAUUGCUUUGGACAUCUGA